AAAACAAUUCAGAAUGCCAGAGCAUCAUCCACUAGGUCUCUUUAUGACUGUAAGUGGAGAUUGUUUGAGGAUUGGUGUGCUAAGGCACAGGAAAUCCCUUUUAAAUGUCCAGUUGGUACAAUCCUGUCCUUCCUGCAGGACUUGAUUGAUCAAAAGAGGGCAUUUUCUACUGUCAAAGUUUACUUGGCAGCUAUUUCUGCUUGCCAUGUUGGAUUUGAUGGAAAACCAGUGGGCCAACACCCCCUGGUUUGUCGUUUUAUGAAGGGUGCACGGAGGUUGUUGCCCAUCUCUAAGACUAUGUCACCAUCAUGGGAUCUAGCAGUGGUGGUUGGAGCCCUCUCUAGUCAUCCUUUUGAACCAUUGGAUAACGUGGACAUGAAAACGUUAUCCUUGAAGGUGGCUCUGUUAUUGGCUUUGGCUACAGCUAAACGUGUAAGUGAUAUUCACGCUUUAUCUGUACAUCCAGCAUGUAUGCGGUUCACCCCGGGGAACCUUGGGGUUACGCUGAGGCCGAAUCCUGCAUUUGUUCCAAAGGUGCUUAAACCAUGCUCCCCAGUGGAACUGUCAGCUUUUCAGCCACCUCCCUAUGGUUCUGCAGAACAGCAGCGGUUACACAUGCUGUGCCCUGUCCGUGCCUUACACACAUAUGUGGAAAGGACAAGGAGCUUUAGGAAAGGGGAUCAGUUGUUUGUGUCCUGGGCUAAGCCCCACUGGGGCAAACCUGUCACCAAACAAAGACUCUCUCACUGGAUAGUGGAUGCCAUUGCAUUGGCCUACUCCAGCUCAGGCCUUCAAGUUCCGACUGGUUUACGGGCACAUUCUACUAGAGGUCUUGCGACCUCUUGGGCCCUGUUCAAGGGAGUCUCUAUCCAAGACAUCUGCGCUGCAGCUAGCUGGUCUUCUCCCCUCACAUUUGCGAGGUACUACAGGUUGGAUGUUACAUCCCCUGGCCUGACCCACGCUGUCUUGAGCGUGGGCUCCAAUGUGGAUCUCACUUUUAAGUGA